AUGCCCCGUGUCUUCCUGGUCAGGAGUCGGCGUCCACAGCCACCCAACUGGGGCCACUUGCCUGACCAACUCCGGGGAGAUGCCUAUAUCCCAGACUGCAGCAGCCUGGUAGGACCAGGAGCACACCAGUCGUCCAGCCUUGGGGACCCUUGGGCAGCGCAGCCCACACAGGGAACCCUGGCAUCUGCUCCCAGGAGCCCCGGAAAACUUGGCUGCCCUCUCUGCCCCAAGGCCUUUCCACUGCAGCGCAUGCUAACCCGGCACCUCAAGUGCCACAGCCCAGCGCGCCGCCACGUGUGCUGCUGCUGUGGCAAGGGCUUUCACGAUGCCUUCGAUCUCAAGCGCCACAUGAGGACUCACACUGGAAUUCGGCCAUUCCGCUGCGCAGCUUGUGGGAAAGCUUUUACACAGCGUUGCUCCCUCGAAGCACAUCUUGCAAAAGUGCACGGGCAGCCAGCCAGCUAUGCUUAUCGGGAGCGCCGCGAAAAGCUGCAUGUGUGUGAGGACUGUGGCUUCACCAGCUCUCGCCCAGAUGCCUACGCACAGCACCGCACUAUGCAUCGUGCUCCUUGAAACAGGGCACCAGCAUCCUACCCAUGAGGCAAAUAAACACAAGAAACAUGCACACAGAACCUGGCAUUUAUUAC